GGCCAUUGGGAGAAGCCGAGGGCAGCUUAGCCGCGGCCGGUUCCCGUUCCCUCCAGGACGCGAGGGUCGCCUUGGGUGGGGAACCCGCGACCGGGCGAGGACCUAUCCCAGUGUGGGGCUUCCCGAUUUCGAAAGAAUCUCGCUGCACCCCCGCCCAGAGUUCAGACCAAGCGAAAAGUUAUUUGAGAGGCCUCGGGGGCGCGGGGUGAGGAGUCGGUGGCGGAGGCCUUGGUUGGGGCGCCGUGGAUAUUCCCGAGUCACCGCGUCCCUCUCCUGCAGCCCCCGCGUCGCUGGGAGGAGCGAGGGAGUGAGCGGGAAGGGGUCUAGCUGGCCUUUGCUCGGCCCUCCCCAGCGCCCGGCUUUGAACCCGCCCUGCACUGCUGCCUGGGCGGGUCCGGGGACUCAGCACUCGACCCAAAGGUGCAGGCGCGCGAGCACAACCCAUGGCUGCGCUGGGCUGCGCGAGGCUGAGGUGGGCGCUGCGAGGGGCCGGCCGUGGCCUCUGCCCCCACGGGGCCAGAGCCAAGGCCGCGAUCCCUGCCGCCCUCCCCUCGGACAAGGCCACCGGAGCUCCUGGAGCCGGGCCUGGUGUCCGGCGGCGGCAACGGAGCUUAGAGGAAAUUCCACGUCUAGGACAGCUGCGCUUCUUCUUUCAGCUGUUCGUUCAAGGCUAUGCCCUGCAACUGCACCAGUUACAGCUCAUUUGCUCUUGUGUAGCCAUCAGACCCUUCCUCACCUCAUCUCCUGUCCUGGGAGCACCUGCCCAGCUUGGCCCAGUUAUUCAGUUUUGAUUGAACUCCACAGGUGCUUUACAAGGCCAAGUACGGUCCAAUGUGGAUGUCCUACUUAGGGCCUCAGAUGCACGUGAACCUGGCCAGUGCCCCGCUCUUGGAGCAAGUGAUGCGGCAAGAGGGCAAGUACCCAGUACGGAACGACAUGGAGCUAUGGAAGGAGCACCGGGACCAGCACGACCUGACCUAUGGGCCGUUCACCACGGAAGGACACCACUGGUACCAGCUGCGCCAGGCUCUGAACCAGCGGUUGCUGAAGCCAGCAGAGGCAGCGCUCUAUACGGAUGCUUUCAAUGAGGUGAUUGAUGACUUUAUGACUCGACUGGACCAGCUGCGGGCAGAGAGUGCUUCGGGGAACCAGGUGUCGGACAUGGCUCAACUCUUCUACUACUUUGCCUUGGAAGCUAUUUGCUACAUCCUGUUCGAGAAACGCAUUGGCUGCCUGCAGCGAUACAUCCCCGAGGACACCGUGACCUUCGUCAGAUCCAUCGGGUUAAUGUUCCAGAACUCACUCUAUGCCACCUUCCUCCCCAAGUGGACUCGCCCCGUGCUGCCUUUCUGGAAGCGAUACCUGGAUGGUUGGAAUGCCAUCUUUUCCUUUGGGAAGAAGCUGAUUGAUGAGAAACUCAAGGACAUGGAGGCCCAACUGCAGGCAGCGGGCCCAGAUGGCAUCCAGGUGUCUGGCUACCUGCACUUCUUACUGGCCAGUGGACAGCUCAGUCCUCGGGAGGCCAUGGGCAGCCUGCCUGAGCUGCUCAUGGCUGGAGUGGACACGACAUCCAACACGCUGACAUGGGCCCUGUACCACCUCUCAAAGGACCCUGAGAUCCAGGAGGCCUUGCACGAGGAAGUGGUGGGUGUGGUGCCAGCCGGGCAAGUGCCCCAGCACAAGGACUUUGCCCACAUGCCAUUGCUCAAAGCUGUGCUUAAGGAGACUCUGCGUCUCUACCCUGUGGUCCCCACAAACUCCCGGAUCAUAGAAAAGGAAAUUGAAGUUGAUGGCUUCCUCUUCCCUAAGAACACCCAGUUUGUGUUCUGCCACUAUGUGGUGUCCCGGGACCCCACUGCCUUCUCUGAGCCUGAGAGCUUCCAGCCCCACCGCUGGCUGAGAAACAGCCAGCCUGCUACCCCCAGGAUCCAGCACCCAUUUGGCUCUGUGCCCUUUGGCUAUGGGGUACGGGCCUGCCUGGGCCGCAGGAUUGCAGAGCUGGAGAUGCAGCUACUCCUUGCAAGGCUGAUCCAGAAGUACAAGGUGGUCCUGGCCCCGGAGACGGGGGAGUUGAAGAGUGUGGCCCGCAUUGUCCUGGUUCCCAAUAAGAAAGUGGGCCUGCAGUUCCUGCAGAGACAGUGCUGAGCUGAGUCUCCGCCUUGCUGGGGCUUGUCCUAGAGGCUCCAGCUCUGGCACAGUGGUUCCUGGCUGCUGCCAUGUCUCAGAUGAGGAGGGAGAGAAGGAGGCCGCCAGACUCGAGAGGUGGGAGGAACUCCCUGCACACACCCUGAGCUUUUGCCACUUCUAUCAUUUUUGAGCAACUCCCUCUCAGCUAAAAGGCCACCCCUUUAUCGCAUUGCUGUCCUUGGGUAGAAUAUAAAAUAAAGGGACUUUUAUUUCUUAUUGGA